AUGGGUGUUCUGGAUCAUGUAUCUGAAAUGUUUGAUUGCUCUCAUGGACACAAGAUUAAAAAGCGCAGACAGUUGCAGACGGUUGAGAUCAAAGUGAAGAUGGACUGCGAAGGCUGCGAGCGCAAAGUGCGGCGUUCGGUGGAAGGAAUGAAGGGUGUGUCAUCUGUCUCACUGGAGCCCAAAGCCCACAAAGUCACUGUGGUCGGCUACGUCGAUCCCAACAAGGUGGUGGCCCGUAUGGCUCAUAGGACUGGUAAGAAGGUCGAGAUUUGGCCCUAUGUGCCCUAUGACGUCGUUGCUCAUCCUUACGCCUCCGGAGUCUACGACAAGAAGGCACCCUCGGGUUAUGUGCGAAGAGCUGAUGACCCUGGAGUCUCGCAGUUGGCUCGUGCUAGCUCCACCGAGGUCCGCUACACUACUGCUUUUAGCGAUGAGAAUCCAGCUGCUUGUGUGGUCAUGUGA